GUCUAUAAAGUUUUUUCAAAGCCUCUGUGCUGCAGCAAUGGCGGCUCCCAUGUCCUGGAGGAGGCUGGUGUACUCCGUGUACCCACCGGCCAUCGCAGGGGUUUUUACCCGAAUAUCUGACCGGAUCUUCCGCGCAAGAGACAGGAGAGGAGGGUCCUCGGUGCUGCUGCUGGCCCCCCUCCUGGCCGAAGCCGACCCGGCCCCCCGACUGGUCUCCAGGCCCGCGGGGUCCGCCGGAGUUCAGGGCACAGAGGGACUCUUCGGCCACUUCCGAUGGAUGGCAGAGCACGUACCUGCCUUUCGGGUGCCGGGAACCCACAUCCACAUCCUCACCUCGCCUGACCAGUUCUACAAGACUAUGAAGGCGCGCAUCAAGACCGCGAAGAGGCGGGUGGUGAUGGCCUCGCUGUAUCUGGGAACGGGUCAACUGGAGCAGGAGCUGGUGGACUGCAUGGAGGACGCCCUGCAGCGCUCACAGGACAACAGCGAUUCCCCCGACCUCAAGGUGUCCGUGCUGCUGGAUUACACUCGCGGCUCUAGAGGACAGAUCAACUCCAGGACCAUGCUGCUGCCGCUGCUGCAGCGCUUCACCUCUCAGAUGAGGGUCUCUCUUUACCACACCCCCGACCUGAGGGGGCUGCUGCGGCUGCUCGUCCCGCAGCGCUUCAACGAGACCAUCGGGGUCCAGCACAUCAAAGUCUACCUGUUCGACGACAGCAUCAUCAUCAGCGG